AAAAAAAAGAAUGGACUAGGAAAGGUCACUUACAUGAAAAUUAGCUGAUUCAAGAAACUGUAAGAAUGAAGUCUGUGACACAUAUCUCCACUCCCGAGAAUUGCAAAUGGACUGUUCUCAUCUGCAAGAAUUUAUAAAAGAACUGGACCAACUAGGUAUACCUAAACUGAGCAACAUCUUUCAGAGUAAACACAUUAGUCUAGUCAUGAAUAAUUUUCCCUUCCAGCCUGAGCUCAAUGCUUCCAGCACUGGUGUAGAUGAGUCUUUCUAUAGGACCGAAUACCACACAUGCAAUACAUCGACCCCUCAACUGAUCCCCAAGUUUUAUAUUGCUGUGCCUGUCAUCUACUCUAUGAUCUGUGCUGUGGGGCUUACCGGAAAUUCUGCAGUCAUUUAUGUUAUCUUGAGAGCACCCAGAAUGAAGACAGUCACUAAUAUUUUCAUCCUAAAUUUGGCAAUUGCUGAUGAGCUUUUUACGUUGGUGCUUCCUAUCAAUAUAGCUGACUACCUGCUGCUCCAAUGGCCCUUUGGUGAAUUCAUGUGUAAAUUGAUUAUCUCAAUUGAUCAAUACAACACUUUUUCAAGUAUUUAUUUUCUAACAGUCAUGAGUAUUGAUCGAUACCUGGUGGUGGUUGCCACUAUCAAGUCAAGGAAAAUGACAUAUCGAACCUAUAGGGCUGCCAAAAUGGUGAGUUUGUCUGUUUGGGUUUUUGUCACCAUUAUUAUCUUACCAUUCAGUGUUUUUGCGAAGAUACACAGUGAAGAGGGACGAUCCCAAUGUGUCUUUGUCUUUCCCCAGCCAGAAGGCUUCUGGUGGAAAGUGAGCCGCCUCUACACCCUGAUCUUGGGUUUUGCCAUCCCGGUAUCCACCAUUUGCAUCCUGUACAGCAUCAUGCUGUACAAGCUAAGACAUAUGCACCUCCAUAGCAAUGCUAAAGCCUUGGACAAAGCAAAAAAGAAAGUGAUGAUAAUGGUAUUGAUCAUCUUGGGAGUUUGCCUGUUCUGUUGGACCCCCUAUCAUCUCAGCACAGUGGUAGCUCUCACUACUGACAUCCCACAAACUCCACUAAUUAUUGGAAUCUCUUAUUUUAUCACCACAUUGAGUUAUGCUAACAGUUGUCUCAACCCAUUUCUUUAUGCCUUUUUGGAUGAUACUUUCCGAAAGAGUUUCCGAAAAAUGAUGGAAUGCGGGACUGCAUCAUAAAAUCUUAGUCUCUUAGAGCCUCCUUAAGAAGAGGGGAUAUGUUUCUGAAGUUUUGUGAAGGUGGACAGAAGCAACUCUGAACACAUUAUGUUGGGAACUCAGAAGACAGAAAUUGAUUGGUCCUCUACUUCAAGUAGUGCCACAAUAUUCUUGAAGCUUGCCAAAUUACAACUUUAGGAAACUCCUUUUUUCUGCUUUUGCAAUAUAGCUAGUAUUCAUUGCGGAUUAUCUCUACUUUGGUAUGUAUCUUAAAUCUUUAGAAUGUUUAGUUUAAAGAAAAGGAGUAGCAGAUCAUGAUGACAUGUUUAACUGAAAAAGGAAGCAAUUGAUACUGUUUGGAGUUUUAUAAAGAUGCAGAAUGAUGCUACUUUUGUAAUUUCAAUAUGGAUAUGCAAAAAUAUAUCUAUGUAAACACACACAUGCACACUAAGCAUGCAAUGAUAUA